GAGAGAGAGGACAGUCGUACACUUACUUGCAGACACCCACACACACUUUUUCACAUACGCUGCAUGUGCAUCGACUCAGCAGCCACUCUGUGAGCGGAUCUGCUCGUGACGGACUCGUAGUGCCAAGAUGCCUUCCUAUGGCUGGCUGCUGGCUCUGACCCUGGCAGCACUGGCAGGAAACAAUGCUGUUGCUGUGACAUAUGAGGGAACUGAGAGGAACUGCUCUGUGAUCCCACCGUACCUGCCCAGCACAGCAGUAAGCACAACUCUCCAGCUGCAGGAGCUUCGAUAUCAAAUGCGUCUCAUGAGCAUCUCUGCCUACAUUAUCCCUGGCACCGAUGCUCACCUGAGUGAGUAUCUCGCACCACGUGACGCCAGGGUGGCCUUCAUGACUGGUUUUACCGGCUCCGCAGGCACUGCUGUGGUUACUCAGUCCAAGGCCGCUCUGUGGACAGACAGCCGCUACUGGGUUCAAGCUGAGAGACAGAUGGACUGCAACUGGGAGCUGGAGAAAGAUGUGUCCGUCAGCAGCCUGGCUGAGUGGCUCAUCUCUGAGGUUCCAUCGGGCGGCGAGAUCGGCUUUGAUCCCUUCCUCUUCUCGCUCAAAACGCAGGAAGAGUACGCCAUCAAUCUGGAGUCGAGCAAUCGCACCCUCAAGUCCAUGCCUGAUAACCUGGUCGACAAAGUGUGGAAGAACAGACCGCCCAUCCCGCCUGACAGCCUCACACGCCUGUCGGACAGAGUCAUACAAAGGUCCUGGCAGACAAAAGUGGAGCACAUACGGAAUCAGAUGAGGGACAAUCCAUACGAGCCCACAGCUCUUCUGCUUUCAGCGCUUGAUGAAACGGCCUGGCUGUUCAAUAUGCGAGGCAAUGACAUCCCAUACAAUCCUUUCUUCUACUCCUACACCCUUCUCACAAUGGAUGAGAUCUGGGUCUUUCUCCACAUGAACCGACUGACUGAUGAAUUGAAAGCGUAUCUGAACUCCUCCUGUACCGGGCCGCUGUGCGUGCAGCUAAAAAACUAUGAAGAUGUCCUCGGCCAUCUGAAGACGUAUGUGGCCCAGCCUGGAGUUAAAGUGUGGAUUGGAACAGAGUACACAAACUAUGCACUUUAUGAGAUCAUUACACCUCAGGACAAGUUGAUGACGAGCUCCUACUCUCCUGUGUUGACAACUAAAGCUGUGAAAGAUGACAAAGAGCAGCAAAUACUGAGAGAUGCUCAUGUGAGAGAUGCAGUCGCCGUCAUCCAGCUGCUGAUGUGGCUGGAACAGGCUGUUCCAAAGGGGACUGAGACUGAGCUGUCUGCUGCAGAAUAUGUCAAUAAGUGUCGCAGCCAACAGAAGGACAGCAGAGGGCCGAGCUUUGAAACUAUAUCUGCAAGUGGACCCAACGCUGCUCUCGCCCAUUACAGCCCUACAGAAGAAACCAACAGGAAGCUGACAGUUGAUGAGAUGUAUCUUGUUGACUCCGGUGGCCAGUAUCUAGACGGGACCACUGACAUCACCCGGACUGUUCACUGGGGAACACCCACCGCCAUGCAGAAGGAGGCCUUCACUCGAGUGCUCAUGGGAAACAUUGAGCUUUCUCGAACCAUUUUUCCCUCAGGGACAAGAGGUGUGAACAUGGAGAUGCUGGGUCGCCGGGCGCUGUGGCAGGUGGGUCUGAACUACGGCCACGGCACAGGACACGGAGUUGGAAACUACUUUGGAGUUCAUGAAUGGCCGGUUGGCUUCCAGAGCAACAACGUUCCCUUCAGACCCGGCAUGUUCACGUCUAUCGAACCUGGAUAUUAUAAGGACAAUGACUUUGGGAUCCGGAUUGAAGACAUUGUGGUAAUUGUACCGGUGAAUACAAAGUAUGGACACAACUACCUGACCUUCGAAACAGUGUCACUGGUUCCAUAUGACAGAAAGCUGAUCGACACGUCGCUCCUCAGCUCAGAGCAGCUUGAGUGGCUGAACAAUUACUAUAAGACAAUCAGGGAGCUGGUGGGUGCUGAACUGGACAAACAGAAACUAAAAGAGGAGAAAGACUGGAUGCUCAAACACACAGAGCCUUUCUCCUCGGCGUCCGUCUGCUCCUCCUCGCUGACCGUCGUCGCUCUGGCCAUCGCUCUGCUCCACAACCUCGUCUGAGCAUCUCCAGCUCCGCUGCACUCACAGCAGACUGGCUCUCCGAUGUUACCCCUAUGCAGUCUCUACCGAGCAGCUAUCCCAGGUUCACAGAUGCACUGCAGUUUAGCGUUUUUUUAAUUCAAAGAUAUAUUUAAUAAUUUAAUUAUAUGAAUAAAAGUAUGACCUUGUGGUGUUCAAAGUUUACAGUGAUUUUCUGCGUGAUUUUUGAUGUUUUCGCUUCGGAGUUGUUAAAUUGAACGUGUGUUUGACCAGCUGAUAUAAUUUCUAUUUUAUUAAAGUAAAACUCUUUGAAACUGAA